AUGACUCGUAAUCUCGGGAUUCGUUAUUUAUGGAUUGAUGCUCUGUGCAUUCUACAGAACUCAACGCAGGAAUGGUUUCAUGAAGCCUCGAUAAUGGGAGACAUCUAUGCAAAUUCGACUCUUACCAUUUCAGCAACAAACUCUAUCAAUUCCGAUGGAGGCCUGUAUUAUUCGAGAACCCCUUUAUCAGUGUGGCCGUGCCGUAUUGAAGCAACGUGGACCUGUUUCCCAAGCAAAAAGAUGGUGAUGAAAACUCGUGGCUGGGCAGCUGAAAAAGCCAUGAAGCCUUUGGGUGAUCGAGGAUGGGCAUUCCAAGAAUGGCUACUGUCAAAACGAACAAUACAUUUUUCAAAAGAUCAAGUUCGGUGGCAAUGUCAUUGUUUGGCUGCUUCUGAGGUGUAUCCUGAGGGUGUAGACUCCGAACUUUACGGAGUACCAACAAAGAACUUAAUCAGGCUACUCAAAGAGAGUGACAAUCCGAAAAUCCUGUGGUUACGGAUCAGACAAGAAUUUUCCAAGAAGAGUCUGACAGUCGCCUCUGAUAGACUUGCCGCAUUUUCUGGCAUUGCUCGCAUGGUUUUCAAAGUAAUGAAUUGGCCCGAAGAAAACUUUGUUGCUGGUUUGUCGAGACCUGAGCUGCUGAUUGAAUUGCUCUGGCUGCACGCUUACGUCAAUAUACUCGAGGCAAGGACGUUCCUCUGUGAUGAUGCUUUUGGCCCUGUCACUGGUGGCCAUCUCAAUGUCCGGUGCACGCUAUGGUCCGUCGAGCUCAUGUACUUCCCGCGUGCGGACGGCGACGCCGCUAAUCGCAAAUGGAAGGCUAUCUUUCAGGACGCCAUCUCCUUAACGCACGAAUGGAGCAACGCGAGUUUAGAUAAUGUUCCGCAUACGCGCUCAUCGCCCCCCAUUCGGAGGACUUUCUAUUACAUGCCAAUAAUGAGUAGAGUGCAAGGCUUGGAGGAACGCAACUGUGACUUAGUUGGCCUUCUACUGGAGAAAGACGCUGAUCAUCAUCAUCAAUACCGUCGAACAGGAAUGCUGGAACUCUUUGAGAUAGAACAGAAGACCUUACUCGCGUCUUCUGUUGGCUUAGUGAACAUGGAUUCGGCUGAAGCCCGCUCCAUGGAUGCUUCCAGGCUUUGCACUAUCGACAUAAUCUAG